AUGCCAGUCACAGAAAUUAACAAGAAACUACAAGAACAAGCAGCACAUAAUCAAGUGCAACAACAACAGCAACAGCAACAAUCUAAUCAGCUGAAUAGUAGUAAUCAUGAUAAUUUGGAUUCAACUAAUAGUCUCAUAGAUAGUCUUACCACUCAAGAACAACAACAACAACUCUUCAACAAGUUACAACAAUUACAACAACAGAAAGAUAAAGAUUUCGUGUCGGAUGAUGAAUUGAACAAGAAUACCGAUAACUCCAGUUUUUAUGGCACAAAUUUACUCAACAGCAAGACAAAAAUUAGCACACGCACACACCAACAAUUGUUUGCAUCUGACGAAUACACCACCAAUGAUGAUUAUGAUGAUGAUGAGUAUGACGAUAAUGGAUUGUAUCCAAAACAUAAACAACAUAACCAAUCAUGUCCUGUAGUAUCUUCAAGAUUAAAUAAUUCUACUAAUCAAUCAGCAUCCGCAAAUACCAAUACACCAUCUAAUCAUGUCGGAUCAUCUGUGGAAGUUCCUUUACAUAAUAAAUUAUCUAUAAAUCAUCAUAAGAAGAAGAGAUACUCUUUGGAUUAUUUUGAUCAGUAUAGAUAUCAUCAUCAUGGUCAAACGAAUAGAAUUCCUUCAUUCAAUAGCAUUUACUUACAACCAAAUGCCCAAUUUAUUGGGGAACAACAAUCAGGUAAAUCAAGUUUCCAUAUUAAAGUUGAAUUUAAAACAGUUGAUUUAUUUAAUUCUGUAGUUACUGGUUUUUUACAAAUUAGUGGGUUAACUGAUGAAAAUUCAGAAAUUACUACAUAUUUCAAAGGAGAAAUUAUAAAUAAUCCAUUACAUUCAUUCAAGUGGAGAAAUACCAAUUCUAAUACUUAUGAAGAGCCUUCAGUUCAAAAAUAUUCAUUCAUAACAGAAAACAAACAAUGGGGGUCAUUUGCUAAAAAUGAUUUUGAACAUUGGAAGAAAUUGACUCAAUCAACUACAUUUUUAUCCGAUGAUAAAUUGAUUAAACGUUUAGAAAAAGUUCAACGUGGUGAAGAAGAUGAUCAAUAUAUUUAUAUGAGAUGGAAAGAGGAAUUUUUAUUACCAGAUUCAAGAAUUAAACAAAUUACCGGUGCAUCAUUUGAAGGGUUUUAUUAUAUUGUAUUGAAUAUUGGUGGAUAUAGUAACAAUUCCAAUGAUUUAUCAAAGAAAUACAAUGGAUUAAUGCCAGGAGGAAUUAGUGGGUUGUAUUAUCAUAAAUCUUCAGAAAAAUUUCAAUCUUUGUCACUUCGACACGUUGAUAAUCACGUUGUUGAUUCCGGCACUUUUGAUUUUAUAUGA